UUUGCUUCUAUAGAAACCAAUCGUGUAAACCGGUGUUAAAAACGUUAUUAAAAGUAAAUAAAUAACUAUUUAUGGUUUUCAUUAGUUUAAAACGUAAUGCAAAAAGUCUUCAGGCUGCACCUGCUGAUUGCCCGCCGCUGCAUAACCAAGUUUUCAUUCCAACCUUCUUUGAACUAUUUUAAAUCAUAUUCUAAAAAACAACUGAUAACAAACGGUGCAGUUUCUGCGUUUAGUUUUUGUAUUUUACAAGCUGCUAAAAAAGAACAUACAUUUAAUAUGGAAACAGUGCAAAAAGCUGAGGCGCUUUAUGAAAAAAACGACUUCAAAGGAGUCUAUGAAUAUUUAUUGCAAUUUAAAAGCUCAGAAGAUCCAGAGCUUUUGUGGCGUUUAGUUCGUGCCACUCGAGAUCGUGCUUGUAUGCCUGAUGUCAGUAAAGAAGAAAAAAAGACUCUUAUAUUUGAAGCUUUUGAAUAUGCAAAGAAGGCUUUACAGUUUGGGGAAGAAAAUUUUGCUUGUCACAAGUGGUAUGGUAUUAUGCUGAGUCAAACUGGUGAUUACAUUGGUACCAAGAAAAAGUUAGAAGACUCACCAGCUAUGAAGCAACAUUUUGAGAAAGCCAUUCAGUUAAAUCCAAAUGAUGCUACGUCACGACAUUUGAUAGGAAUGUGGUGUUUUUCAUUUGCUGAUCUUGCUUGGUAUGAAAGAAAAAUUGCCACAGUAGUGUUUGGUACACCUCCAUCAUCAACUUAUGAAGAGGCAUUGCAAAAUUUUGAAAAAGCAGAAGAAUUAUCUCCAUCGUUCUACAGCACUAAUCAAUACAUGCUUGGACUUGCCUACCUUAGAUUAGGAAAUAAAGCGAAAGCUAAAGAAUGGUUUCAAAAAGUUUGUGAGUUUCAAGUUGUGAAAGAAGAAGAUAAAGAGAACAUUCAAAAGGCCAAGGAUCAGUUAAAAUCACUUUAGUUGUAUUUUUUACUUAAAUUUUAGUAAAAUUAAUUGUUUA